UACCUACAAAAUUUCGAGUCAUUUAUUACCCGAUCUCGGUCCCGGCCCUGGACUCCGGUCACUCACUCCCUGGAUCGACGGGAAAGUCCAACACUCGGGCGAACCAAAAAAUGGCAGGCAGCAGGAAUCCCGUGAUCGGCCUUCUGGGCGGUGGGCAGCUCGGGCGCAUGCUGUGCGAGGCGGCCAGCCCGCUGGCAAUCGACAUCGCCGUGCUGGACGAGGAGAAGGCGCCGGCCAAGCAGGCCCACAACACCGGCCGCCAUGUCACCGGCUCCUUCAAGGACCCCGCCCGCAUCAGGGAGCUCGCUGCGCAGUCCGACGUCCUCUCGGUCGAGAUCGAACACGUCGAGACCGAGGUGCUCGAGGACAUUGACAGGAACGGCGUCGAGGUCAAGCAGGCCGACGGAUCCACCAGGACGCACCGCCCGCCCGUCCACCCCUCGUGGAGGACGAUCCGGCUCAUCCAGGACAAGUACCUCCAGAAGGAGCACUUCCGCGCCAGCGGCAAGGGCAUCCCCAUUGCCGAGCAGGUGGCCAUCGAGUCCGGCCCGGCUGCUGUUGCCUCACUCAAGGAUGCUGCCGCCAAGUUCGGCUUCCCCUUCAUGCUCAAGGCCCGGAAGGGCAGCUACGACGGCAGGGGAAACUUCAAGGUUGACAGCGAGGCCGACUUCGAGGCUGCCGCCAAGGCUCUCGGGGGGUUGAGUCUGUACGCGGAGAAGUGGGCCCCUUUCGUCAAGGAGCUGGCCGUCAUGGUCAUCCGGACCGAGGACGACAACGGCCAGCUCAAGCGCUGUGUCGCAUAUCCUGCCGUUGAGACAGUCCACGAGGACAGCAUCUGCACCAAGGUUUUUAUGCCGCCGAGGGAUGUCCCGGAGGCUGUGUGUGAGGCGGCGAGGAAGCUGGCCACCGAGGUGGUCAGCACAUUAUGGGGGAGGGGAGUCUUUGCCGUGGAGAUGUUCCUCCUUGCAGAUGGCUCCCUGAUGGUCAACGAGGUCGCGCCGCGGCCUCACAACUCGGGCCACUACACUAUCGAGGCUGUCCCGCAAAUGUCACAAUACAAGGCGCAGCUACACGCCGUCCUGGACCUCCCGGUCCCGGAGAAACUAACCCCCAGGGUUCCCUCCGCCAUUAUGCUGAACAUCCUCGGCGGCGCCACCCCGUCCGCCCACCUCAAGCUGGCCGAGCUGGCCAGGGCGACCUUCGACGACGACAUGGAUGUCUAUCUGCAUCUCUACAACAAGGAGUCCAAACCGGGCCGAAAGAUCGGCCACAUCACCCUUACCGGCACCUCCACCAUCCAGGAAUUGGAAGCCAAAGCCAAGCCCUUCAUCGACCUCGUCGACGAGAUCCGGCGCGAGCGCAUCUCCGCCUCGGCCGAAACGCUCCGGCCAAAGCAGGAAACCGCAGUUACCCCAGUCCCAGUCCCAGCGCCAACCCAACAACCACAACCCCCGUCCUCCUCCUCCUCCUCCUCCUCAUCCUCAGGCUCCCCCCUGGUGCUCGUCACAAUGGGCUCCGACUCGGACCUGCCGGUGCUGCAGGCGGGGCUGGACGUGCUGCGCGCGUUUGGCGUGCCGUACGCGCUGGACAUCACGUCGGCGCACCGCACGGCGCGGUACAUGAUGCGGGUGGCCGAGGAGGCAGCCGGCCGGGGCAUCCGCGUCAUCAUCGCGGCGGCCGGCGGCGCCGCCCACCUGCCGGGCAUGCUGGCGUCCGAGACGCCGCUGCCGGUCGUCGGCGUGCCCGUCAAGGCGACCCACCUGGACGGGCUGGACAGUCUGCUGAGUAUCGUGCAGAUGCCGAGGGGCGUGCCGACCGCCACGGUGGGCAUCAACAACUCCACCAAUGCCGCGCUGCUGGCCGUGCGAAUCCUGGGGUCGUUCAUGCCCGAGUACCAGGAGAAGAUGAGGCGCUACCAGCUGGACAUGGAAGAGCAGGUCAUGGUCAAGGGGAAUAAGCUGAGGGAGCUGGGCGACGUGGAAUACCUCGCCGCCAAGGGCAAAUAGAUGGCGUCCGGACGGGCAGGGGCAGUAAAAAGGGGCUGGCUGUUGGUCAUGGAAAAAUGAUUGGGCGGUGGGUGGGUGGCUGUUUUUGCGAAUUAAAAGUCCCGAGAUGGUCCUUGGAGAUGAUUUACGUCGAACUCAGGCC